GUUGAGAGUCAAAAUUCAUAGGCAACCAAAAAGGCAAUUUUGCUUUUCUUUCUUCUCUUUGUGUUUGUGUGAUUCCUUUUAUUAUCAUUUCAUGGCUUCGUCUAACAGACACUGGCCUAGUAUGUUCAAGUCCAAGCCCUGCAAUUCUCACCACCAAUGGCAGCAUGACAUCAACCCUAAUCUUUCUUCCUCCACCAAUUCCUGCCUCAGAUCUGCCCCUUACACUACAGUUGGUGGGUGUGAAGAGAGAAGUCCGGAGCCGAAGCCGAGAUGGAAUCCAAAGCCGGAACAAAUCCGGAUUCUUGAAGGGAUUUUCAAUUCCGGGAUGGUGAAUCCUCCGAGAGAUGAAAUUAGGAAAAUUAGAGCUCAAUUGCAGGAAUAUGGCCAAGUUGGUGACGCCAAUGUUUUUUAUUGGUUCCAAAACAGAAAAUCCAGAAGCAAAAACAAACUCCGGCACAUCCAAAACUCCAAAUCCAAUAACAACAACACCCAUUCCCAUUCCCAAACCCAAACCACUCCUCUCACCGCUACCGCCACCGCCACCGCCACCGCCACCGCAACCGCUACGUGUUCUUCGUCUUCCUCAUCCGACAAAUCUUCUCCCAAAUCAGCACCCACCAAAGCGUUCGUCUCCAAUUCAGCCACCGAGAACUACCUUCAACAACCCACCAGCGAGGUCCUGCGGGAGCCGUUUCUCUUCCCGGCGUCCCAUGGAGGGCAAGGGCUUUGCUUCUCGGAGCUGUGCAGUGUGGUGCAGAAUAACGUUCCAGAACAUGGGGUGGGACCGUGUACUAGCCUGCUGCUGAGUGAGAUCAUGAGCCCUUCUGAGCCCUCCAAGAAAUAUUUGGAUCAGGAGAAGAUUAUGGUGAAGUUACAGCCUCAGUUCAUCAAUUCUUUCACUCCCUCUCUUCCCCAAACCACUAUUUCCACCUCCCUCUCUCUUCCAUCACCCACCAAUUCAAUUCCAGGUGCAGGAAUAGGUGAGGUGUGCGGAGUAGGUCAAAGCUGCGUGGCGAAAUCAACGGUGUUCAUCAACGGGGUGGCGUUCGAGGUGGGUUCUGGGCCGUUGAAUGUGCGCGAGGCUUUUGGUGAUGAAGCCGUUCUGAUUCACUCCACUGGUCAACCCGUUCUGACCAACGAGUGGGGCCUCACUCUCCAUUCUCUCCAACAUGGCGCUUCCUAUUAUCUGAUAUAGAAGGAAAGCACUGGAAUUAUGAGGAAGAAGUAAUAGG